UUUGAUCCAGAUAUUCUGAUUGGUUAUGAUAUUGAACGACUUUCCUGGGGCUAUCUGGUUGACCGCGCCAAACAUCUUGGUCGUACCUCUAUCUGCAGAGACAUUUCUCGACUUUCUGCAGGUAAUCGGUAUUCUCUCGUUUGUCAUGCUUUGUAG